CAUUCACAACUGAUCUGCGUGGCGGGCGCAAUCUCUCCUCGCUGAUUUGAAACCUCUCUGUGACGCUUUUUGCCCACUUUUUUUUUCAUUUAGUCUUGAUUCCAUCGCCUGCGACGACCGGAAGUUUGCUUUCUACGCAAUCUUACCUGAGCGCGUGUGUGUGUCUGUGAGCGUGUGUUUGAGUGCACGCGUUGGUGUCGUCCACCAUGGAUUUGCUUUGGAUUGUGGGUUUGCUGGUGUGCGUGUGCGCCCGCUUGGCUUCGUCCGAACGCCACAGCGUCUUCUGGAACGGCACAAAUCAAAAGUUUUUAUGGGACGAUUACGCCGUGGAGGUGAGGCUAAAUGACUACCUGGAUAUCGUGUGCCCACAUUACCCGCAAGGCGAGGUGCCCCUUCUGGACGCCGAGCGCUACGUACUGUACAUGGUGGAGCGCGAGGACUACGAGUCGUGCAAACCGCAGUCGUACGACCAGAUGCGCUGGGAGUGCGGCCACCCUUUCGCGCCGCACGGGCCUGAGAAGUUCUCCGAGAAAUUCCAACGCUUCACGCCGUUUACCCUCGGGAAAGAGUUUCGCCAAGGGGAAAGCUACUAUUAUAUCUCUAAACCUUUACACCAUCACGGAGAAGAGUGCCUGCGGUUAAGGGUGGACGUCGUCGCGGCCGACGGCUCUCAGGAGGCCAGAGUGGCCAAAGGAGGCUCGGCUGGGGACACCGUGGGAGCAGGGGGUGGGGUUCACAACCCGUCUAACAGACUGCCUGCAGCAGACGACCCGGUGGUUGGCCUCCCCGAGGUGCGAAAAAGCGUGCGGACCAACUCUGCGUCGUCGACAUCGCUCUCUAUCCUGUCAUUGCUCGUCCCGUUACUGCUACUGCUCUUGUUGCACUGAGAGCUCUCACAGGCCUUUUUUUUUUUUUCAAUAUUUUUUUUUCUGGGACCACAAUGAAGGGACAGUCUGUGGAGAUGAAACCACUGACCACUUGAGCUCAGCCCUAUGGCCGGCCACAGGGCGAGACCGGAGGAGAAAGAAUAGACGGGACUCGCGUCGGAGCGAUACAAUCCGCGACAAGCCUGCAGAACAAUCAGGAUGAACGCUAUGAAAUAUGAAAUUGAACCUACUGCCCUCGGAGCCAAAGAUUGGUCCGUCACUAAACCCACCCGCAAGUAUCGUGUGCUAUUUGUGAGUUGUUGUUAUUAUCGUAACAGUUUCCAGUGGCAUUGACGUCCUAAGCGAGUUUUUUUCCUCCUUUUUUGUUUUUUCCUCCAAAAUGUAGCAUUGACGGACUGUUGUCAUGGCAACCACACAAUUACACACUGCCAUCGGAAAAACUAUUGUUUGUACAUUCUGUGAAGAUAAUUUAUGACAUGGCAUUGGUAAGUUUCCUGUAUAUACCACACGCUAAAUGAGAGUUUUGUGAAAGAGAGAGUGAGUGUAUGUGACAAAACUGAGUCCUGCCGAAAGCAAACACUGACUUGUUGUGUGUUUUUGUAUCUGAAGGAGAGGCUGGUCCUCUCUGUUUCUUGAAUCACUUCUCAUUUCACCCUCCACCCGAAAGAAAACAACGCCACAAAAAAGCUAAAAAAUCUCAAGUAAAAUUCAGACUAUAAGCUAUGACCACAUUCAAUUUGGAUUAUUUCGAAAUGACAAAAGCACAACAGUGUUGAUGACAAUUUAAGUCGUGUUUUUUUUUUUUAAAUACUGAAAUAACUUUUUGUACAUGUGUAAGUAAAACAAGUGUAUGAUAUGUAAAUACAUAGAAGAUUAUAUUAAAAGAAGAAACAUGUUUGAUAUGACUAAUGUGACAUUUUCAUGUGGAAUAAAAAAUAUUUUGGGGAAAACCAAAAAAACGAAGUAUUUACUUUUAUUUUGAGUUUUUUUUUUUUUUUUAAGCUUGUGGGGGUAAAAAUAUCACACAUGGUUUAUGAAUAUUGUGAUUAUUUUUUGAGGUGCCUCAAUUAAUACUAUUCCUUCAUUAUCUUCUGAACCGCUUAUCCUCAUGAGGAUUGCGGGGGUGCUGGAGACUAUCCCAGCUAACAAUGGGCAGGAGGCAGGGUACACCCUGAACUGCUAAUAAUUUGUUCCAAGCAGUGUUGUUUUCGUCAACAAUGACGAUAACGAAAAUAUUUCGUCGACGAAAAAUUCAGGCAUGAAAAUCACUCACCUUUCGGCGAAAUUCGACGUUUUGAAGUCAAAAAGGGUGACCUACGUGAAUUGUGUAGAUCCGAGGAGAAUUUUUUUUUUUUUGUCGUAAGUCCAUCUAACUAACGACAUGUUUUAUUGAAGUUGUUAAGCCUGUCGCGAUAUGCAAUGAGUCCAUUUAUCGCAAGGUAAAUAAAAAUGAGGGCGGUAAUUUUCAUUUACAUUUGUGCAUGCGUGUAAAUGACAUAUGAGACUCCAGUUGUUGUGUCCAGAUGUUUAUUGGUCAUCAACACGCCGUAGAAUUACAGUUCACACAUACAAAAUAAGGAAACACAUCUAUAUUAAACACUGUAAACGUUAGCAUUGCUAUAUUGACACUUUAAUGGGGAACAAAAGUUGACCUGCUUUAGCCGACUAUAAAACUUUGGCAGUCUUCUCCAAAAUGCAAACUUGUGGUUAAAAGGUGACACUUCAAACAUGAAAAAUAGCUGGUUAACAGCAUUUGCAAACGAAAAAAUGGAAAAAAAAAAAUAUUGGUGACACCACAAGCAAUAAUGAAAAGUGCUUUUUGCAGAGUUUAAAGUUGCUAGCGGUUUAGCGAACGUUCUUCCAGUGAACAUUUCAACAUAAAAGCACGUCACGUUCGUCAUAUAGAUAACAAUUUCUGGAGUUAAUUCAGAAAUACCUGGGACUAAUACUAUUAUAUGUAAAUACUAUAAAUGGUGUUACAUACUAAAGAAUUCAGAUUGUACAGUAAGAAUAGCUUUUAAAUGACACCCUUUUUAAAAAAGAUGACUGGCAAUGAAUAUUAUAAUUAUUAUAAUACUAUUAUAUAUAGUAGUAUAUACGUUAAAAAUAAUAAUGCUAGAUUUUUUUUUAAUCAUUGUUUUGAAUAAUGUUGGAAAGGCAAAGUCAGUGUUCUGAAUCUGUUUACGUUCCAUUUUUUCGCACUAGUAAAUGCUAUCAGCUAAGCUUGCACAAUAUAUUGUUUGAACAUCUCCAUCGCAAUGUGCCCAUGCGCACUAGUCAAAUCGCUUGAAUAAUAAAGACACAAAUCUACCUCCAUAGAAACCUAGCCCUCCGCAGGGCUAACGUUACGUGAGCGAGUGACAGCGAGCAACAUCUUAUUUAUUAGCGCAGAGAAUCUACUGCUUUAAGAUGGCGGCUGUUUACUAAUGCCGCCCAGUCUGGCAUUUCGCAUCUAUUUCUACAUAGAUGUGAUAUCUAUCAGACGCUACUGCGCGUUCUCCCACAUUAAAAGUAGUCAGGGCAAAACGUGAUGCUUAGAGCUGGCAAAAUUAAGCGAUUCCUCGAGGUGAAUAAAAUUACUCGGACCAGUUUUUAAACUCGAGUUACUCGAGUUGCUCGAGUAUUCGUUUCAGCUCUAACGGCAAUGCUUCCAAGUAAACUUUGGUUUUAAUUUAGUUUUGACUAUUGUUCAAAUUGUUAUUUCAUCAGUAUUUUAGUUUAUUUAUAUUCACCUUUUUAUUUAUUUACAGUAUUCACAUGUCUGAGAUCUAGGGUUCAAUCCCAGGCUCCGACUUUCCUGUGUGGUGUUUGCAUGUUCUCGCCAUGCCUGCGUGGGUUUUCUCCGGGUACUAGUUGAUCGAACACUCUAAAUCGUCCCUAGGUAUGAUUGUGUGCAUGAAUGGUUGUUCGUCUCCUUGUGCCCUGUGAUUGGCUGACAACUGAUUCAGGGUGUACCCUGCCUAAUGUCCAUAGUUAGCUGGGAUUGGCUCCAGCACCCCCACUACCUUUGUGAGGAUAAGCGGCUCGGAAAAUUGAUAAAAAUUUGGAAUUUUUUCAUUGAAUUUCCCUAUUGUUAUUGUUUAUAUU